UUGAAAGAUUGCAGUGUAACAAAAGGUUUAGGGAUUGAUGAAAUAAAUGAAGAGGGAGGAGCCAGGAAGACAGAGGAGUGUCUGAAAAAAGAAAAAAGCAAAAGGUCAUUGGAUGCUAUACUGCCUGCUGCUCCUACCUUUGAUCUCUUCACUUCUUUACAAGAACAAGUUCCUUCCUUCCUUCCUCACUCACUCUCUCUGUAUAUUCACUGCAUCUCAAUAUAGUAUAUCUGUUAGCUUCCUCUCCUAGAACUAGAAUAUCCCAACAAUGGCUUCUUCUUCUUCUUCUUUGGCUUCUCUGUUCUUUCACUCCCUUCUUCUCCUCCUCUGCCUCACUGCCUCUUCUUCUUCUUCUCCUCCUUCUGUUUCAUCAUCACUUCCUGCCUUGUCUCUCAAAAGGCAAGCUUCAAUCUUGGUCUCUCUCAGACAAGGUUUUCAACCUCAAAAUUCUACUCUUGAAUCCUGGGAUGUAUCCAACUACGUGUCCCUUUGUUCUUGGGAUGGCAUCAAAUGUGACCGUAGCAACAGGUCUGUGGUGUCCUUGGAGAUAUCCAAUUACAACUUUUCUGGGUUUCUUUCCCCUGUCAUCGCGAAGCUCCAGGGACUUGUGUCUAUCUCGGUUGCAGAUAAUAGCUUUUCCGGCGAGCUUCCUUCGGAGAUUCUCCGGCUGCCUUGGCUGCGGUUCCUCAACAUAUCCAACAACAUGUUCACUGGAAAUCUGACUUGGGAGUUCUCCGACAUGAGUGGGCUUGAGGUCCUUGAUGCCUAUGACAACGACUUUAACGGCGAACUACCUCUUGGUGUCACCAAUCUUCCCAAGCUCAGGCACUUAAAUUUUGGCGGGAAUUACUUUUCCGGGAGAAUCCCAGAAGAGUAUGGGAAAAUGGUGGGCUUGAAUUUUCUUUCUCUUGCUGGGAAUGAUCUAAGUGGGUCUAUACCCCGUGAGCUUGGGAAUCUCACUAAUUUGACUCAUUUGUACUUGGGAUAUUUCAACAAGUUUGACGGUGGAAUCCCAAGUGAGUUUGGGAAUCUAAUCAAUUUGGUUCAUCUUGACCUUGCAAAUUGUAGCUUGAAUGCUACAAUUCCUUCAGAAUUAGGCAAGCUUUCAAAAUUAGACACGCUUUUCUUGCAAACCAAUCAGCUUACUGGUUCAAUCCCACCUCAGAUAGGCAAUUUGAGCAAUCUGAGAUCUCUUGAUCUUUCCAACAAUGAGCUAAUAGGAGAAAUCCCAUUUGAACUCUCAAACCUCCGUGAGCUCACACUUAUCAACUUGUUCAUCAACAAAUUGCAUGGUGAGAUUCCUAAGUUCAUCUCUGACCUCCCAAAGCUUGAAACUUUGCAUCUGUGGAAAAACAACUUCACAGGUUCAAUCCCUCCUGGGCUUGGCCAGAAUGGGAAAUUAAUUGAGCUUGAUCUUUCAUCAAAUAAGCUUACUGGGUUAGUCCCAAAAUCUCUCUGCCUUGGGAAGAAGCUCAAGAUCUUAAUCUUGCUCAAUAAUUUUCUCUUUGGAUCUUUGCCUGAUGACCUUGGAGAAUGCUAUACACUCCAAAGAGUUCGCUUGGGUCAGAACUAUUUAACAGGGAAAAUACCAAACGGGUUUCUUUAUCUGCCUGGACUUUUACUUCUUGAGCUGCAAAACAACUACCUCACUGGUGUUCUUCCCAAAGAUUCAGCAAAUUCAACAUCAAAACUAGAGCAGUUGAAUCUAUCAAACAAUCGUCUGUCCGGGUCUCUCCCAGAAUCAAUUGGGAAUUUCCCAAAUUUGCAGAAUCUUCUCCUCAGUGAAAACAGAUUCUCUGCGGAAAUCCCACCAGAUAUGGGGAGGUUGAAGAGUCUGUUAAAGUUGGAUAUGAGCAGAAACAACAUAUCAGGCAGUAUUCCUUCAGAGAUAGGGAACUGUGCCUCGCUCACAUACUUGGACUUGAGCCAGAACCAACUUUCAGGUCCUAUCCCUGUUCAAAUUUCCCAAAUUCGCAUCUUAAACUAUCUUAAUGUCUCAAGGAACAACCUUAACCAGAGCCUCCCAAAAGAACUAGGGACCAUGAAAGGGCUAACUUCAGCAGAUUUCUCUCACAACAACUUCUCCGGUUCAAUUCCUGACGUUGGUCUGUUCACAGUCUUGAAUUCAUCCUUCUUUCAGGGAAACCCAAAUCUAUGUGGAUAUGAUCUAAACCCAUGUGGCACUCAUUCAUCAAACCCAUUUUCAGACUCCCGUGAGACUAACAAUACAAAAUCUGGAGUUCCUGGGAAGUACAAGCUUCUUUUUGCACUUGCACUGCUGGGAUGUUCUUUGAUUUUUGCGACCUUAGCUAUCAUUAAAAGCAGAAAGAAGGCAAGGAGGAAUUCAAAUUCAUGGAAGCUCACAGCAUUUCAGAAGCUAGAGUAUGGCAGUCAAGAUAUAUUGGGAUGCAUAAAGGAGAGCAAUGUGAUAGGACAAGGAGGAGCUGGAAUUGUGUACAGAGGCACCAUGCCAAAUGGAGAGGAGCUAGCAGUGAAAAAACUCUUAGGAUUCAGCAAAGGCUCUUCUCAUCAUGACAAUGGCUUAUCUGCAGAAAUAAGAACAUUGGGCAGGAUAAGGCACAGGUACAUAGUGAGAUUACUAGCUUUUGUCUCAAACAGAGAGACAAAUUUGCUUGUGUAUGAGUACAUGCCAAAUGGGAGUUUGGGUGAAGUGCUUCAUGGGAAGAGAGGCGAGUUUUUGAAAUGGGAAACGAGGCUUAAGAUAGCCAUUGAAGCAGCAAAAGGGCUUUGUUACCUGCACCAUGAUUGUUCACCAUUGAUAAUACAUAGAGAUGUGAAGUCCAAUAACAUAUUAUUAAAUUCUGAGUUCGAGGCUCAUGUAGCUGACUUUGGACUUGCCAAGUUCUUACAAGACACUGGGGCUUCAGAAUGCAUGUCUUCCAUUGCUGGCUCUUAUGGCUAUAUUGCUCCAGAGUAUGCAUACACAUUAAAAAUUGACGAGAAGAGUGAUGUUUAUAGCUUCGGGGUGGUACUGCUAGAACUCUUGACUGGUAGACGGCCGGUGGGCGACUUCGGAGAAGAAGGAAUAGAUAUUGUGCAGUGGACAAAGAUGCAAACAAACUGGAACAAAGACAAGGUGGUGAGGAUCCUUGAUGAGAGGCUGCACAAUAGUAUCCCCAUAGAUGAAGCAAAACAAGUGUUCUUUGUGGCGAUGCUUUGUGUUCAAGAACACAGUGUGGAGAGACCCACCAUGAGAGAAGUGGUUGAAAUGCUUGUACAAGCAAAGCAGCCCAAUACGUUUUAAAUGCAACAGAAGGAGGAGGAAGAGGAGGAAGAAGAAGAAGAGAGAAGAUAGAAGAAAGUUGAAAGUAUACUGGUGCUUGGUGUUCAUUUUUCCUAACUGGUUUUUGGUUUUGGUAUACUAAAGGAGUUUGUACAAUACAUUUGUUGGGAUUAAUGGAACUAUUUCUUUGCCUCUUAGAUCUACUAGCUCUGUUCAUUUCUUAAACUGUGAUUUGUAUUUAUCUAGUUUGAUGAUAUGUUGAUAUCAGAAUUGAUUUUCCCCCUCUCA